AUGACGCGAGGGACUCCGCCGAGGGGUGGUCACAAUGGACGGGGUCCGCAGAGAAGCGUCUCACAAGGAAGUUCGGCCUCAGUUGCACGCGGACCCUGUGGAUUUUGUGGGAAACCAAACCACACUGAGGACAACUGUUGGAGGAAAGAGAGAAGAUGCCUGCGCUGCGGGAGUGCGGAGCAUCAAAUAGCCAACUGUCCAGUGUUACCUCGGGAGGCGAGAGUAACCACCCAGUCGUCGAAGGCCAACUCGGGACAGUCCAAGGUAGAAGGGACAAAGCCAAAGGUGCCAGCUCGGGUUUACUCCCUUGAGCAACAACAAGUCCUUGAUUCCUCUGGGGUUGUAGAAGGUACGAUCCCUGUUUUUCAUCGUCUAGCUAGGAUUUUGAUCGACCCUGGUGCUACCCAUUCCUUUGUUAACCCCGAUUUUAUGUGCGGCAUUGAUAUAACCCCUGUUAGCUUGCCUUAUGACUUUGAAGUUAGUACUCCUACGGGGGACCAACGUUUGAUUACUGCAAGGUACGAUGCACAACUUGAUUGUAAGAGGAAAAUAGUGGAACUUCGUAUACCGGGGGAGGCAACCUUAAGGCUAGAUGUAAGAGGUAGUUUAGCCACAUCUGCAUUGAUUUCGGGUAUGCGGGCUAGGAAAUUUCUGUAUAGAGGGGCCCAAGGGUUCCUAGCUUUUCUUAUAAACACUCCCACUGAUAAGUUGAGGGUUGAAGAUGUGCCUGUAGUAAGUGAGUAUCCGGAUGUGUUUCCUGAUGAACUAGUAACUUUACCCCCGGAGAGAGAGAUAGAGUUUAAGAUCGACUUAUUACCGGGGACGUCACCUAUCUCUAAGACCCCCUAUCGAAUGGCACCUGCUGAGCUCAAGGAGUUGAAAUUACAGUUGCAAGACCUGUUGGAGCGUGGGUUUAUUCACGAGAGUGGAUCUCCGUGGGGGGCUCCGCAUUUGAAGUUAGUGUUACAAAUCCUGAGAGAUCAUCAGCUAUACGCCAAAUUCAGUAAGUGUGAAUUUUGGCUGGAGAAAAUCUCUUUCUUGGGACAUGUGAUUUCAAAAGAAGGUAUUACAGUGGAUCCCGCGAAAGUAGAGGCAGUGGCUGAAUAG